GUCUCCAUUGGGUUUCCCUUGGACGAGAAGGUCCUCGGCCAGUGCCUCAAUGUGAUCGCUCGCGCUCUUCUCCUGGCCGAUGUACACAUCAAACUCGUCCGCUACUUGCAGUCGAACGUUAAAAACACUGUCAAUUUUAAUGACCUCGCUGCCGGCCACAACAAGCGCAAGAUUAUUCAACAUGGUCUGGAAAAACUACAACAUUUAUGAAGUACGCGCAUUACCAUCAGUACAGAAAGGGUUGGAAGCCUGCUCUGGUGUGUGCGGACACAUUUAGAGCCGGUGCUUUUGAUCAGCUGAAGCAGAACGCCGCUAAAGCUAAGAUUCCAUUUUAUGGAAGCUACAUGGAGUCAGAUCCUGUGAAAAUUGCAGUUGAAGGCGUGGAAAGAUUUAAGGAAGAAAAUUUUUAUCUUAUUAUUGUUGAUACUAGUGGGUGUCACAAACAGGAAGCUGCUCUUUUUGAAGAAAUGCGUCAAGUUUCCAAAGCAACAAAACCAGACCUCAUUGUAUUUGUUAUGGAUAGCAGUAUUGGUCAGUCUGCUUUCGAUCAAGCUCAAGCGUUUAAGCAAAGUGUUUUGGUCGGAGCUGUAAUUGUUACCAAAAUGGAUGGUCAUGCCAAGGGAGGUGGUGCUCUUAGCGCUUAAGUUUUCUUGCAAGAUUUGCAGCCUAAGCUAAAGCUGUUAGCCUGUUUAUUUCUAGUCAUCUAGAUUAUGCAUUAUAUGUACGUCACUUUUUUUUUUGGUUGGCACAAAUUUUUCCUUGAGCUGUGGGUAAGUGUAGGUUUGAAAAUUUAAUAAAUCAUAUC